GUGGUGGAGUGCAUGGUGGGCUGUGUCAUGAAGAUGUCUGACACUCUGUUCCGCCCGUUGUUGCUUCAGUUUAUUGAUUGGAGCACACAGGCCACGGCUGGUCAUGGUCGUUUGGUGCCACUUUUCCGCUUCGCUGCGGCCACCACGGAACGCAUCCGCCAUUUCUUUGUGCCGUACUUUGCGCAUCUGCUCAAGUAUGCUGCUGAUGUGCUGGGUGAGGAUGAGGAGACGACUGAGUUGUACGGUUCCGAGGCGCAGGUGCUCGUGUCUGUCAUCCUGAAGGCUUUGCAGCGGUGCUUCAAGUACGAUGACGGCGAGUUUUUGACGGGAGAGCGCUUCAAGGUUUUGGCUCCUUUGCUGGCAGCCCAGCUCGAUUUGCAGGACGGCGAGGGCACGGCAUCCUACCAGGAGCGCAUGGGCGCUGACGUCAUCCCCGUACUGGUUGAGUUUGUGUCUGACACUCGCGACGAGAAACUCUGGAAGCUCAUGAACGAUGUGGUCUUGCAAAAGACGCGGGCCGGUGAACCGGUCGUGCGUGAGCAUGCUCUGAUGGUGAUUGAGGGCAUUUACGAUCGCGUUGGCGAGGAAUUUUUGUCCCUCUUGCCGGAAACAAUCUUGUAUCUCAGCGAGUUGCUUGAAGAUGAUGAUCUCAAUGUGGAGCGUCAGAACAAGAAGCUCAUUGCCAAGAUUGAAUCCUUCCUGGGUGAGCCGCUGAGUAAUUACUUUUAG